AAUCAAAACUGUGUAGAAAUGAUAAUGGACCUACAUCUGUAGUCUCUUUACUCUGUCAAGUGCCAUGCUCUACCAAUUUGAGCACAUGUGUGAUUUGGUUUUUGGAGUGGAGGUUAAACAUUUUGUUUUGUCUUCUAGAGUUUUCAGAGUGAAGGAGAUAUGUCUAAUAGUAGCCCGCUGAGCGUCCAGCAUUGGACCACCAAGCACGUAGCCAAGUGGCUGAAGGACGAGGGCUUCUGCCACUAUGUAGACCUACUGUGCAACAAGCACCGUCUGGACGGCAUGUCCUUACUCACCCUCAGCGAGUACGACCUCCGCUCUCCCCCGCUGGAGCUCAAGGUGCUGGGGGACAUCAAGAGACUGAUGGUGUCCCUCCGCAAGCUGCAGAAACAAAACCUGGAUAUCCUGGAGGAGCUGGGGGUCCCGUUUGAAGGACACUCCCCUCAGGGUGGUGGUGGGGACUGGCACUGCAAUGGGGACUCCAGUAGAGAGUGUGAUAACUCUAACAUAGACACUGCACCGGUUGGAGAGCAGUAUCUUCAGUAUAGGAAUGGGAAGUACAAGCAUGGAGGGAGCAGGAGGCUGGACCCUGAGUACUGGAAGACGGCGCUUAGUGCCAUCUAUGUGGUGUUUGUUUUCGGAUUUACCUCUUUUGUCAUGGUGAUCGUGCACGAGAGGGUGCCGGACAUGCGCACUUACCCACCCUUGCCAGACAUUUUCUUAGACAGGUGGGUUGCUGUUGCUCACAUCCUAAGUAAUGUAUGUACAUUUUAGACCUACUUGAUCUUGUGACUUUUCAGCAAACGCCUCUGUUCGGAAUGUCAACAUAACUGAUGCUUUGGUGAUGACAUGUUACUAGGAACCAAAUACAAGCAAACGGAAUGAAACGGGGAGAGACUUAUCAGAAUUUUAUUAAAAGAAACUAUUGUGUUCAUUGCAAAAUGUUUUCCGUUUGGAGUAAAUGGCUUCUGUUGCAAAAUGUUUUGUUACUGUGCAAGAUGUUUUGCAAUGGUGUCCGACUAAUGAAUACAGCCAUGACUCUCAGAGCAACAGUGAAAGUUUGUCUUGAUAGUGAAAUUAAACAUGAUGGUGCACCUGCAUCAUCUUACGAUCUGUUAAAACAAGAGGUCAAGCUGUUGAGGGGGGCAAAAAUCAGUCUGGAUGGACAUUGUGAUAAUUGCCCUACUUUCGGAUAACAACUGUGUAUUAUAGGCCUGACAUAGUGAAGGAGCAUACUAGGGUAUGGCUCCCAUGAAGUGUACUACUACUCUAUGGGCCCUGAUCAAAAGUAGUGCACUAUAUAGGGAAUAGGGUGCCAGUUGAUAUGUAACCAUAGCCUAUUCUGAAUCUCAAUAGCAUGCCCUGCCAUUAACUGUUCUUUGAUUGUACUACUUUCAGUAGAUUGCUCGACAUUUUGUUCAUGAUGACCUCCAUUGGGCGGCACUUGAAUGUCCGGCUUGUUCUCACUGAGUGCUGAGUCCGACUUACUCAUGGUGUGAUAACGUAGCAGAUUACUGUAGGCAAAAUGAGUAAGCAGCAACUAGGCUAAACGUAGCUCUCUAGACUCCCUGUGUUUAUGGUCUAGCAGGACUAGAGGUUGACAUCGAGACACGGUAUAGUGAAAUAGCGAAAGGGUUAGCCUUUUGUGAGAACCUAAUGCAGGUUUGUCAGGUGUGUUAUCCCAGUUGCACUGGUUUAUCCUUUUUAUUUUGAUAGAAAUCUACUAGGCUGUUUUUAGUUUGUUCCAGUUAAGUAAAGUUGAAUAUAGGGUAAUACGUUUAGUCAGGUUAUUGGCUAUUAGGCCCCAUCUGUUGCUUCAGUGACACUUUUUUAAAUAAAGUUCGCUAAGCCUGGGAGAAUAACCCACAGUGCUCAGGAGCAGACAGCUUGAAGAUCAGCCUGUAACCAUUUCUUUCUUUUAACAGUGUACCUAGAAUACCAUGGGCCUUUGCCAUGGCAGAGGCAUGUGGACUGAUCCUGUGUAAUAUCUGGCUGCUAGUUCUGCUGCUGCACAAGCACAGGUAGAGUACGGACUGCCUGGUCCAUAGGAAAACCUGUUCAUCACAGGUAGAGUACGGACUGCCUGGUCCAUAGGAAAACCUGUUCAUCACAGGUAGAGUACGGACUGCCUGGUCCAUAGGAAAACCCGUUCAUCACAGGUAGAGUACGGACUGCCUGGUCCAUAGGAAAACCCGUUCAUCACACAGCCUAGACGUGAUUUAAGCUAGUGUCUAGAAUUUCUCCCUGAAUAGAAUAGUAGAAGUGUAGAUUAGCCUAGCCCAGGGGUUUUCAAGCUUCUCCUCAAGAAACCACAGCCGUUUCAUGUAUUUCAACUAUUCCAGAGCUCGCAAGCCUCAUUCAGCUUGUCGUCUAAUCAUUAAGCAUUUUGACUACUUCAAUCAGGUGAGCUAGUUCAAGGCUACAACAAAAUGGUGAAACUUCUGGGGGGGGUCCCUGAGGAGAGGUCUGAAAACCAUUGGCCUACUUAUUGAAGUUGCGUUAAUGUGUGUAAUGUUUGCUCUGCUGAAGGUCGAUUCUGCUGCGGCGCCUGUGCAGCCUCAUGGGGACAGUGUUCAUGCUGCGUUGCAUCACCAUGUUUGUGACCUCCCUAUCAGUGCCAGGACAGCACCUGCAGUGCUCAGGAAAGGUACCACAGCUCCACACACACACACACACUAUCUAACUAAAUCAAAACUGUGUAGAAAUGACAAUGGACCUACAUCUGUAGUCUCUUUACUCUGUCCAGUUUGAUAACAGUAAUCUAUAGUCUCUUUACUCUGUCCAGUUUGAUAACAGUAAUCUAUAGUCUCUUUACUCUGUCCAGUUUGAUAACAGUAAUCUAGUCUCUUUACUCUGUCCAGUUUGAUAACAGUAAUCUAUAGUCUCUUUACUCUGUCCAGUUUGAUAACAGUAAUCUAGUCUCUUUACUCUGUCCAGUUUGAUAACAGUAAUCUAUAGUCUCUUUACUCUGUCCAGUUUGAUAACAGUAAUCUAUAGUCUCUUUACUCUGUCCAGUUUGAUAACAGUAAUCUAGUCUCUUUACUCUGUCCAGUUUGAUAACAGUAAUCUAUAGUCUCUUUACUAUGUCCAGUUUGAUAACAGUAAUCUAUAGUCUCUUUACUAUGUCCAGUUUGAUAACAGUAAUCUAUAGUCUCUUUACUCUGUCCAGUUUGAUAACAGUAAUCUAUAGUCUCUUUACUAUGUCCAGUUUGAUAACAGUAAUCUAUAGUCUCUUUACUAUGUCCAGUUUGAUAACAGUAAUCUAUAGUCUCUUUACUAUGUCCAGUUUGAUAACAGUAAUCUAUAGUCUCUUUACUCUGUCCAGUUUGAUAACAGUAAUCUAUAGUCUCUUUACUCUGUCCAGUUUGAUAACAGUAAUCUAUAGUCUCUUUACUAUGUCCAGUUUGAUAACAGUAAUCUAUAGUCUCUUUACUCUGUCCAGUUUGAUAACAGUAAUCUAUAGUCUCUUUACUAUGUCCAGUUUGAUAACAGUAAUCUAUAGUCUCUUUACUCUGUCCAGUUUGAUAACAGUAAUCUAUAGUAUUUUUACUCUGUCCAGCUUGCUAACAGUAAUCUAUAGUCUCUUUACUCUGUCCAGUUUGAUAACAGUAAUCUAGACAGUCGGGGAGCAUCGCAAAUUUCAAAAGCGAUGGAUAUGACCAUCUUUUGCAAAUUGACAGCGAGGAAAUGAAACCAAUUUUAAGUGCGGCCCUCUGGACCUCGGUGAACACUGAAUGCGGCCCGCGGGGGGAAAUUUGUUUGACACCCCUGCUGUACGCAGACUAUGGGUGGCAAUUUUCACGUCUCACAACAGGCUAGAAUAUCAAUAGUGACUCUUUCCUUCUCUUUCCCCUAGAUGUAUGGUGAUAUGUGGGCCAAACUGCAUCGAGCUCUGGCCAUAUGGAGUGGAUUUGGAAUGUCCCUCACAGGUGUCCAUACAUGUGGGGACUACAUGUUCAGCGGUCACACGGUGGUAAUCACCAUGCUCAACUUCUUUGUGACAGAAUGUAAGCGUUCCCUAUAAUCGUAUUGUUACUGUCCCCUGGUAAGAUGUAAUUGACUGUAGUGGGAAGAACUUAUGUACAUUGUGUGUCCAUCAGCUAUAACUGCAUAAAGGUCAUCAAGACCAGACCACCGACAGCUUUAAACUGUUGUAUAAUUCUACAGCAUACACUGAGAGCAGGAUCUCUGAAGUUGUCAUUCACUUCCUGAUUUGAACAGAACAUAACUGAAAUUCAAAACCAUCCAAACCCAUUAUUCAAUGUUCUGCUUGUAUGUAUUCACUAACAGACACCCCGAGGGGUUGGAAUUUCAUCCACACCUUGUCCUGGGUCCUGAACUUGUUUGGCAUCUUCUUCAUCCUGGCGGCCCAUGAGCACUACUCCAUCGACGUCUUCAUAGCCUUCUACAUCACCACCAGGCUGUUCCUGUACUACCACACGCUGGCUAACACCAGGGCGUACCAGCAGAGUCGCAGGGCCCGCAUCUGGUUCCCCAUGUUCUCCUUCUUCGAAUGCAACGUCAACGGCCCCGUGCCCAAUGAGUACGGCUGGCCCUUCUCCAAACCCGCCAUGAUCAGGAGCAUGAUUGGGUACUAGGUGGUAGAGGACGUUGAUCUCUUCCAGUCGACACUACUGUUCAGUAUGCUGCCCUCUCCAAGGAGUUGCAAACUGUGGUUGUGUGAUAUUGACUUUAUUAUUCCAAUAUCUGCAGAGACUGCUAACUGAGAUGGCUUGUAGGAUCCUAUCGGUGCCAUGGUGUGACAGGGUACCUGAGAGACUUGACUACUCAUAUUUCUGUGACAUAGCGUUUGGCUGGCGUCCCACUGGCUAUAAGGUGAAUGCACCAAUUUGUAAGUCGCUCUCGAUAAGAGAGUCUGCUAAAUGACGUAAAUGUAAAUGUUUGUCCAACAGCAGCCUGUUGAAAGGGAUUAAACUAAGGAUGUAUCCAAAAUGGCACCCUAUUCCCUUUAUAGUGCACUACUUUUGACCAGAGCCCUAUGGCCUCUCGUCAAAAGUAAUGCACUACAUAGGGAAUAGGGUGCCAUUUUGGAUACAUACUAAAGAAUCAUCCUAUCCUCUCCACUUCCUUUGAAUAGCGAUGAGAUUUCUGAAGAUAUUUCCCACACAUUUUACAUUUUAGUCAUUUAGCAGAAGCUCUUAUCCAGAGCGACUUACAGGAGCAAUUAGGGUUAAGUGCCUUGCUCAAGGGCACAUCGACAGAUUUUUCACCUAGCCGGCUCGGGGAUUAGAACCAGCGACCUUUCGUUUACUGGCACUACGCUCUUAACCACUAAGCUACCUGCCGCCCCCACCUUUUGCCACGAUCAAUAACCUGGUUACAGAUGUGAUGUAAGUGCUUUAGCCAACGCCUCAUCUCUUGUCAUGCCUUUACAAUCUUGUUUAUGGCAUGACAACAAACUCAACAGAGGAGUUGGCUAAAGCACAAACAGACAUGCUAAUGCCAGGCUAGCAUUUCAAUGCUUAAAAUCUCUUAACUUGCAGUCUGAGAGAACAUUGAAGGUGAUAGCAAGCUAGAGGUUUGGGGAAAACAUGAAAGCAGAAUUCUCAGGCAGCCUAUUGUAACCAAAAACACUUUAUUUUUAAGUCCGUACAAUUUGUUCAUCUAAAAUUCAACAGUAUUACAGUGAAAAAAGCUCUUAUGUGUUCAUUAGAUAGCCUGAGAAAUCGGGGUAUGAUAUUAUUGACGUUGUUUUAUCUGAACUCUGGCUCUAAUACAGGUAUAGACCACCUUUUAAAAGCAAUUUUCAAAACGUCACAGAUGAUACUGUUCCUGAAUUUCUGUAUAGCAACAUCUAAGUUAAAGAUGUUGCGACAGGUCUUGUUACUUGUUUGCCUUUUAUUACUUUAGGUAGUGUGAAAAGCUUCUGCAUUCCUUAAGACACUACUGGGGUUUUGACUGUAUUACUAGAAUGCUGAAUUAGUCAUGUUGAAAUGAACUACGCUACAUGGCCAAAAGUAUGUGGACAUCUGCUCGUCGAACAGCUCAUUCCAAAAUCAUGGGCGUUAAUAUGGAGUUGGUUCCCCCCCUUUGCUGCUAUAACAGCCUCCACUCUUCUGGGAAGGCUUUCCACUAGAUGUUGGAACAUUGCUGCGGGGACUUGCAUCCAUUCAGCCACGAGCAUUAGUGAGGUCGGGCACUGAUGUUGUGCGAUUAGGCCUUGCUCGCCGUCGGCGUUCCAAUUCAUCCCAAAGCUGUUCAGUGGGGUUGAGGUCAGGGCUCUGUGCAGGCCAGUCAAGUUCUUCCACACCAAUCUCUACAAACCAUUUCUGUAUGGACCUCGCUUUGUGCACGGGGGCAUUGUCAUGCUGAAAGGGCCUUCCCCAAACUGUUGCCACCAAGUUGGAAUCACAGAAUCGUCUAGAAUGUCAUUGUAUGCUGUUGCGUUAAGAUUUCCCUUCACUGCAACUAAGGGGCCUAGCCAGAACCAGUGUUGCAACUGAGGACAGACUUCUUUUUUUUACGCACUUCAGCACUCGGCGGUCCCGUUCUGUGAGCUUGUGUGGCCUACCACUUUGCGGCGGAGCCGUUGUUGCUCCUAGAUGUUUCCACUUCACAAUAACCUCACUUACAGUUGACCGGGGCAGCUCUAGCAGGGCGGAAAUUUUAAAGUUCUGGUUUGUUGGAAAGGUGGCAUCCUAGGACUGUGCCACGUUCAAAGUCACUGAGCUCAUCAAUAAGGCCAUUCUACUGCCAAUGUUUGUCUAUCGAGAUUGCAUGGCUGUGUGCUUGAUUUUAUACACCUGUCAGCAACGGGUGUGGCUGAAAUAGCCGAAUCCACUAAUUUGAAGGGGUAUCCACAUACGUGUGUGUAUAUAUAAUGUAUUUUGGUUUCCUUUAUAAUAUUUGUAUUGUUCAGUUAUUAUCCUGCCUUUUCCGAACUAGACCUAGCCGUAAACGGGGCUGUUACCAAGGAGAUCGCAAAAAGCAGCCAAAACUAUGGAAUGGAAAAUGGUGAACAAUCGUUUUCAAUAUCAUUCCAUUUGCCAAUAACUUUAGGUGUUAUAGUAACAUUGUCUUUAUGGAAAUGCAUAUCUCAAAUGUUGAAUAUUGUUGUUUAGUAAAUGACCAGGCUUCACAAUAAUAAGAAUAACAUACAAGGAUAUAAAUCCUUACAAAAUAAUAGUUUUCCUUCUUCUACAGAUCCCUUGGACUAUCUUAAUUUAUUUCAUUUUGUAUAUGUCAAUAGCAUAUAUAUUUUUAUUUUAUAUCUAUGAUGAUAUACAGAAAGGUUAUUGCACUUGAACAGGAAUAUGUUUACAGUUGUACGGAACUAUAUUUGUUUAAAACACAAUGUGCUUUUAUGUAUAGGAUUGAUUUCAGAAUCACCCUCAGCCAAAUCAUUAAAACAAAUGCAAACCCCCCCCCCAGGCACUUAAAUCAGACAGCCAUUAAUGGUAUUGGUUACAACCCACUUUUGUAAAACAAUUUUAAGUAUUACUUCCCACUUGGCAAAGACGUCUGUUCAACGUCUAGUUUAAAUGUAUCCUACAUUUGAUUGAAAUCACGUUAGUUGACAACUCAAUGUAAAUAAUUAGAUUUGAACCGUCAUUGGAUUUAUUUGAAAAAAAUUGCAAAUUCGCCAAAUUCAUUUUUAUGUUGAUGACUUUUUGCGAAACUAAUCAGUUUUCCACCUUGAUUCAUCGUCAUCACAUUUGUUAAUACGUCAUUAAAAAUAAUAAUCCAUGUUGAUUCAACCAGUUCGUGUCCAGUGGGUUAAGUCCCAUCUCCAUCCCAUGUUUUAUUUGGAAUUUCAGCUGCGGAAUAGUUAUUGGUUCUACUAGACCUAGAGACCUUACAUACCCCCCCCCCCACCCAUAAACCCCCCCCCCCCACCCAUAAUUCCAGAGGUCCUAAUAAAGUAUUGCAUCAAUAUUUUGGCUUGACUAAUGCUAGCUCGUGCUAACUGCAAAUCUAUAAUUUGCUGCAAAAUGUUUUUAGAUACGUUCAGGAGAAUUAUGCAUUUGUUCUUGUCACUUUUAACCCCCUCUAUAAAUUGUUACUAAUCCUUAUCACUGGUAUGGUUAUAAUGGUACGUUACAUACCUUCGAGAUGCAGUAAUUGGCUACCAUUGUAAUGGAAAUGUUGCAAUCACACAAAGUGUGCUUGUAUUGGGUUAAUUGAUUAAUGUCCUGCAAAUGACGUGUCUUUACCAUCAUUAAACAGUUGAAAUCAAUGAAUGGUUCAAGUUAGUUUUGAGGAGGGGAAGCUGAUCCUAGAUGUGUACCUAGUGAAAAGUCGCCCUGUGUGUGUGCAAGAAUGGAAUUCAGUUAGCCACACGGUUAGAGGACAUGGUGACACAUCUGCACGAGAUAGCGCCAGAGUGCAGUGGAUUUAAGCGGAUUCUGGGAAUCGGCUCAGAGCUAUCCUGAGCAGUUGAUGGCCCCCCCAGUUGAUGGCCAUGGUUCCCACUGUGUCUGAGGUCCAGUGUCUAAGCGUGGAUUUAACCUAUUACUGAGUUUACAUGUCGGGUCUGUCUGCUAUGGAAAACCAGCAUGUGUGUUCGGCCUGAUCUUAUUAGCUUAGUUAGUACCACUUCAGGUCAAGUCCUCUGACGGUCAAAGUGCUGAUUCAGUUUUUACUGUUUAGUUAGCUAGACCACCUGUUUCUGUUUUGACCACCAAAAGAUUUCUCCAACCCAUUCUUCAGCCACACUGCAGCCUUCGGCUAGCAGCAGUUAUCAGCUCAGCAAAUAUUUGUAUUUUAUUUGUGAUCACAGCUCAGUUAGUAUAAUUCCUUACCAUGCAGAAUUAUUCUAGUUUAGCUAUCUAGUUACGGUUUCUUGAAGUGUUUCUGACAGCCCCGGUUAUAGUAGCUAAUCCAGCUGUCAACUAAAUACAAACCUCCUGAAACUGUACAGAGAAAAGCUGACUGCUAGAUCUAUCAUGUUAGGCCAAGCACCGUGGUUGCUAUGGUGAUAAAGACGGCUUCCAGUUGCCAGAUAUUAUUUGUGAAGACAAUUGUAUUACAUUAAUAAAUACACAAAUAUUUAAGUGUUUCAGUCUUGUAUUAACUAAAUUAUUAUAUAUGGACAUAGAAAUACUCAAUUAAACCCAGAACUCAAAGUCAUCCUACUAUGAUUUAGACAGGCAAAGAAACGAACACCUACAUUUACAGGGUCCUGCGAUCCUGAGGUCAUGUGAGGUUUUGCGUUUGCGUUUCUCCUUCAUCGCCCUCCAACUGGACAGGACUGUCGCGACGCGGUGUUAGAAACAGCCUGAAAACAACGAACCAACGCAAAGCUCCAAGCAACUGAAGCGAAGUCCUGCAAAACUUCCAGUAAGUAAUGUCCAUAGCUUUGUUAGCUAGCUAAUUAGGUAACUGAUUGCUAGGUAGCUGGCGAACCUUGCUAGCCAGCUAACUAGCUAAACGUUAGCUAGCUAGGUAGGGGACAUGGCCGGGAUUCAGCGCAGGGAACUCUGUAGCCAGAUAGCUAACGUUAGUCCAUUGUCAAGGGUAAAUACAUGUCCCGAUCUUUGACAUUAACUAUAGCUAACUACAUUUUGACUUUUUAUUCGAGGUGGAAAGAUGAUGUGCCAUUGCCUAGCUACCUAGCUAACUGCGUCUUCUUACUGUCGAGUUCAAGUUGAAGAAACAGAUUGCUGCUGUGAGCAAAUCCCUGUCUGUGAUGUAAUGGCUUGUUAACUUGCUUGCCGGCUAGCUAUUUUGCUAACAGCUACUAGCUAGCUAAGUUGACUUUCAUUGAACCAGCCGCCAGUCACAUUGAUAUUGCACAUUGUAAUGAUCUACUGUAGCUAACUAGGCAAGCAAACAACUUGAGACUUGGCAGCGGCAUUGACGUGCUAAUAUCGACGUCAAGAUGGCUGCUUACAGAUAACCUUGUUCUUCAAAGCUUGACAUGUGUAGAGGUGGUUGUGUAGGCCUGGCCAUAUCCCUUCAACUGUGUUCACAGUCCUAUGAGGAGAUGAUCCAUACAUUCCCUAUUAUCUGAUCAUUUACUUGGUGGUGGAGGACACUGCUACUAGUCAAUCAAUAGCGAACAACAUGCAUGUUAGGACUAUCUCUUUGUGGCAAAAUAAUCUUUGUCCUACAUUUGCUGCAAAAGUCUACAUGCUGAACUCAGUCAGUAGUACUAUGAUAGCUGAAUUUAUCAUCUGCCAUUUUCCUACUUGUCACAGGUAGAAUGGCUGUCCCUCCAUCAUAUGGUGAUCUUGGUAAAUCUGCAAAGGACAUCUUCAACAAAGGAUAUGGUAAAUGUCUUCAAAACUGGUUGGUUUACCCCUGUAGGAAUGAUGAGCAUGACAAACAUCGACAUUUACGUAACAGGGGCCUUUUCUGACAACUUAAACGUUCAGCAUCACUUUGCUUUGGCCUCUCUUACACCCGUAAGGGAACGUUUCCAUCAAUCCACAGAACACAUUUCACACUGACAGGACAUUUUACAAGUAUGUUAACAUAAUAACAACCAGGCAUUCAAUUUGUUCAAGCCAAGUCACAAUUGUCCGUAUGGAUCAGUAUUCUCCAUGUAGUGGUCCAUUUGGAAAGUAUUUAAAUGUUAAGGAGAUGCUAAUCAAAAACAGGUUAACACCGCUCCCUUAAUAUGCAAAGGAACAUAUGGUGUUCUGAAUGUUAUGGUUUGUUCUUUAUUAGGUUUUGGAUUGGUGAAACUUGACGUCAAGACCAAGUCUUCAAGUGGAGUGGUGAGUUUGGCUUUUCAAUCAUGCCACAGUUACUGUACAUUCUGGCCCUCCAUAACAAGAUAUAGGCUCACUGUCUGUCAUGAUUGUUAUUUAGGAAUUCAAAACCUCUGGCUCGUCCAACACUGACACCAGCAAAGUCAAUGGCAACCUGGAGACCAAGUACAAAUGGGGUGAAUACGGCCUGACGUUUACAGAGAAGUGGACAACAGACAACACUCUGGGGACUGAGAUCACUGUUGAAGACCAGGUAGAGGGGAGACACCAGUCUAUACUGUCAUUUGUCAGCUUUCUAUUCAGUUGUUUAAUUUUUUUUCUUCUUCCAUAGAUCACCAAAGGACUGAAACUUACGUUCGACACCCAAUUCUCACCAAAUUCUGGGUACGGUUUGUGGCUAUAAAUUUUUUUUCAAGCAUCAUUUAAUGUUUCUCACCAGUCUUGAGACCCUGGAGUGGAUAACAUUUAUUGUGCACGUUCGGCACUGCAUAACCCACCACCAACCUUCCUUUUAUUGAAAAUAAUCAGUGAUGACUGAACUAGAACAACAGAAAUAUCAGAAUGAUGUUUAUUCAUCCUAUUUUCCCCAUCUGUUCUCUCUGUAACAGCAAGAAGAGUGGGAAGGUGAAGACUGCCUAUAAGCGUGAAUACGUCAACUUGGGCGUAGAUGUAGACUUUGACUUUGCCGGCCCGGCCAUCCACGGUGCAGCGGUGACCGGAUACGAGGGAUGGCUGGCUGGCUACCAGAUGACCUUCGACACGGCCAAGUCCAAAAUGACCCAGAGCAACUUCGCUGUUGGCUACAAGACGGAUGAUUUCCAGCUGCACACCAAUGUGUAAGCUUCAUAUCUAUUGUAUUUUGGAUGGACUUAUAUCUCAGCAGUAAAGUGUGAAUGUUUCUAUUAGAAAGAUGAUGGUCUUGGCAAGUUACAUCGAUUUUUAAUAACAAGUUGUAGGUUGAUUUUGAGCAUUUCAGUUCAUCUUUUAGUUGAGUUAUUAUUAAAUAAAGAGCUGUUCAUCGGACAAGGAUAGCACAAUGUAUGUCUGUUUAUGUCCUACAUCCCAGUAAUGAUGGCACAGAGUUUGGAGGGUCCAUCUACCAGAAGGUGAAUGACCAGCUGGAGACUGCUGUGAACCUGGCCUGGACAGCAGGCAGCAACAGCACCCGCUUUGGCAUCGCUGCCAAGUAUCAGCUGGACUCCAGUGCCUCGAUAUCUGUGAGUGCUGCUUUUCUGGUUGUCUUGUUUAUUAGUCUUGUGUGUUCAAUAUUCAGAGACUGGUUCUGCGGGAUUAGUAGUUUAUUAAAUGGGAAUGGGCUGUGUCAAAGGAGAUAUUUUAGGAAGUAACUGGACAAUAAAGUGACGUUUUUGUAAUGCAAUGCCAAUAACGAUCAUAACCCGUUGUAUACUAUUGUUAAUUGUAUGUGUUUGUUAUAUUUUCCAGGUUAAAGUUAACAAUGCUAGUUUGGUGGGAGUUGGCUAUAACCAGACACUGCGGCCAGGUAAGAACUGUCUCUCACUACUUUGCAAAAGCACUGCCAGCCAUCUCCAAAGUGGGCUGUUGUAGCUAAGUUAUUUAUUUUUUCCUGUUCUGCAGGUAUGAAACUUAUCCUGUCUGCACUGGUCGAUGGCAAAAGCAUCAACGCCGGUGGCCACAAACUGGGCCUGGGCCUGGAGCUGGAGGCAUAAGUAUCUAGCUGUCCUUUCUAGUGAAGUCUUCAUAUUUAAUAUUUGAGGGAAUAUCAGAAGAAUUUGGCCUUAGGUAUUUCCAGCCCAACAACCGGUAAGGGAUGUCUCAAAGGAAUGAGAUUAAUCUAAAGCAUCAAUAUACACAACAUAACCCUCAGUUCUGUCAGAUGGAUCCCCAACCCAUCAGCCACUGCCAUUUCCUUUGUUGGUUUGUAGUCCGUCAUUCUGUGUGUACUAUGACAGUAGCGCAGUACUACUAAGUCUUAUGUAUUCCUAUACUGUGCUGUACCACUAGUGAAAAACAUCCUCCUUCUCAAAGAGAGCGUUCAUUCUGCAUGUUUUACAUUUGUUUUAUCGGUUUGGCUCAUUGGAUGGGACAAUCCGAGAAGGGUUAUAUUAAGAUGUAUUCUUUGAUUUAAUUAUAUAUAAUGACAAUGUUAUUAUGUUGUCAUUAUGUGACAAUCCUGAACUGUUGUUGUUUUGCACACUAGCAAAUUAUAUUAUACCUUUUUAUUUAUGUCUUAUCUUUCCCUGUUUCAUUUGCACAUAUAGUAGCCUUCGGUUAGCAAUGCUUUGCCUGUUGUCAGGGCGGCUCCUACUCAGAAUGUUCAUCACGUAUUCUAGAGACCUUAAACGUCUAUUCUAUUUGGUGAUGAGAUCUAUUUAGCUAAUAUUCUUGAGGACAUGUUAAUAAAUUAUGCUUAUUGCUUUGCCACCCACCCUGCGGUCAGAUCCUUACGAUAUUGAUUAACUAACCUGUUUCCUAGUUGAACAUGGUAGUAUAAAUUGCACGACAUUGCCAAAUGGGAUUUUCUGGGUGUGAUUAGAAAGGAGAAGGGAAACUAUUAUAACUGAGCGUAUCCUCCACCUCCCCUUCCCCUAGCUGUGUAUAAAUGAUAUGACUGGGAAACCAGAAACCAAGUCCACGUCUACCUUUACAAUAAAGUCUUUUAAACAAGUCA